ACGUACAGCAAUCCACUGGUACUCAAUCCAGCAUACGCCUAUGUUGAUCAGUAUUUUGUGGAGCCCAACGACAUGGUGUGCCAGCAGGUAUCAGCCCGGCUAUCUGAACUGGACAGCAUCAGCUACUUUCGCAGAGCUGGGCCCAGGGAGAGGGUGGUGUACCACCCACGGGAGGUGCGGGCAGCCAUAGUGACAUGCGGGGGGCUGUGCCCGGGACUCAACACUGUGAUUCGCGAGAUAGUGUGGGGGCUCUGGUUCCAGUACGGCGCACGGCACAUUCUCGGCAUCGAUGGUGGGUACCGGGGCUUCUACUCGCGGAACCUCAUGGAGCUCAACCCGUGGGUGAUCAACGACAUUCACAAGCGCGGAGGAACCUUCCUGGGUACUUCCCGCGGCGGGCACGAUACCACCCGGAUUGUCAACUCGAUUGAGGAUAGAGGCAUCAACCAGGUGUUCAUCAUCGGAGGCGAUGGCACGCAGCGAGGGGCGGAGCUCAUUUAUGAGGAGACGAGGCGGCGCGGCCUGAAGGUGGCAGUGGCAGGCAUCCCUAAGACCAUUGACAAUGACAUCGCUAUAAUCGACCGGUCAUUCGGGUUUGACACGGCAGUGGAGGAGGCGCAGAGGGCGAUAUAUGCAGCGCAUGUGGAGGCGGAGAGCACCCGCAACGGCGUGGGGCUGGUGAAGCUCAUGGGGCGGUACUGCGGUCAGAUCGCCAUGCACGCCACCCUUGCGAGCAGGGAUGUGGACUGCUGCCUGAUCCCCGAGGUGCCCUUCCACCUGGAGGGCCCAGGAGGCCUGUUUGACUUCAUUGACCGGCGCCUGUAUGAGAACGAGCACUGCGUGCUGGUCGUGGCGGAGGGUGCGGGGCAGGAGAACAUGGCUCGCCACAUGAGCGCCAGCGAUGAUGACGUUGCUGGUGGUGCAGGGAUGGGGCGAGAUGCGUCGGGGAAUGCGAAGCUGAUGGACGUGGGGCUGUGGCUGUCGGGGCAAAUCAAGAGCCACUUCGCGCGGCAGCGCAAGGACAUUCAACUCAAAUACAUUGACCCCACGUACAUGAUCCGGGCCAUCCCCGCGAACGCGAGUGACAACAUAUACUGCACGCUGCUGGCGCACGGGGCAGUGCACGGGGUGAUGGCCGGCUACACCGGCUUCAUUGUGGGCCCCGUCAACAACCGCCACUGCUACAUCCCCAUCAAUAAGAUAACACAGAAGCCCAACAGCAUCUCUCUCACUGACCGCAUGUGGGCGCGCCUCCUAGCCGCCACCUCACAGCCCUCCUUCCUUCGGAUCGACCCCACCGCCACCACUGCCACCGCUGCCACCACUGCCGUUUCUUCUGGUGCUGAUGGUGCUGCGGCUGGGUCGUCUCAGGCGCCAGGAGGGGGUGUGAUUGAGGGGGAGUAUGGGGAGGUGGUCUUGGGGGAUGUGGGGUUGGCGGCGAGUUAUGCUCGGGACGAGGAGGAGGAUGGUGCAGGGGUGGUGCGGAGUGUGUUGGAAGAGCUUGGGGAGGACAUGGGGAUGGAUGAGUUGGAUGUGGUGGUUGGGGUUGGAAGGAGCGGGUAUGCUGCUUCACAUGCAGCUGCUUUUGAAACAGAUGAUGAUGAGGCAGCAAAAAACGCUGGGGAUGGAGUGGAGGGAGAGGUGGAGAUGUAUCAGAGCGACGUGAACAACACAACAUUCGUGCACUACGUGCGCACAGUGGUACAGCCCAUGAUGAUCGAACUCAAGAGCAUGGUCGACUCCAAGAUAAGGCUGGAGUUGAAGGUGGGGAGGAACAACAGCAAGGAGAGGGGCAUAGUGGACGAGUCCAGGAAGCUCAAGGCCACCACACUCGUCGUCGGCACCAGCUCAAGAGGCAUCUUUGGCAUUCGCGGCCGUACGGGAGUGGGGGCGUAUUGCAUGAAGAACCGCCCCCCAACAGUGUCCGUCUACGUGGUGCUAAAGGACAAAGUCACCGCGUGCAGAGAGGCCGACUCCCUGCCCGGCUCCUCCUCCUCCUCCGCGCCCACCAGCCCCGGUCACUUGCUUGUGGCGUCAUCAGCACCGUUCCGCCACAGCCCGUCCAUGUCCGCGCACCACCAGUCCGACCGCUCCUCCACACGCAGCUCGUCGGGGGUGCUGGAGCCCACCAACGGGCUCGGGUCUGACGAUGCAGCUCGUCAGGGAGAGCCCACCGAUGAGCCCACCUCCGCGCAAAGCUCGUUGGGGGUGUUGGAGCCGAAUGGUGCGUUUGAUGAUGCAGAAGAUGAUGAAGCCGCAAGAACCAAUGGCGCGCAGCCACCUGGCGCCGACUACCCCAGCAGCCCCAACGUCCACACCGCCCCACAGCCCUCCCGAGCCGGUACCUGGCCUCACGACCAUGCUGGUGCUACCCUUACCACACCCGACGGUAUAGCCGGCUUCCAAACCUACUCCCCAGGCUUGUCCGUUCCUCACGGCAUGCCAGGGGCCUCCCCGAUUCGGAAUCCUGGGGACGGGGGCGAUUUGGACUCCAUGAUGCAGAUGAGAAUGCAGCAGCUGCAGCUGCAGAACCAGCAGCAGAUGCUGCUACUGCAACAGCAGCAGCAGCUGCAGCAGCUGCAGCAGCAGCAGCAGAUGCAGCUGCAGCAGGUGCUGCAGCGGCUACAGAGAGACUAUCUAGCAGAGGUGGACGCGUGGAGGAGGGCGAACCCCCAGGCGACCCCAGAGCAGCAGCAGGCAUUCAUGGCUGACCUAGAGGCGCGUAUGGCUCAGGCCACUGCAGCCCUAGCAGGCAUGCCGCUCUAUGACGCCGCUGCCAGACUCGGUGGUAACCAGCAGGCUCGGCCCGAGCCUGGGGGCUCGCCUCAGGUUGCUGUGGCACAGGGAGUGGCUCGGGAGGCGGAUGCAGCUGCGAGGAUUGGGCAGAUGGCUGUAGACGCGGAGAGGGCGCGGGCAGCCGCGGAAGAGGGGAGGAGAGCAGCGGAAGAGGAGGUGGGGAGGCGAGAGGGGAGGGGGGAGGAGGUGGAGAAGGGGGCGGGUGGUGGAGGAGGAGCGGCGGGGGGAGGGGAACCGGUUGCGCCAGUGGUGCGGCGGGUGCAUCACUACAGGGAAUACUCGUAUGAAGAAAUCCUGGCAGCAACGGACAACUUCAGUGCGGCGCGCAAGCUGGGCGAGGGAGGGUUCGGCACUGUGUACUCGGGCACGCUGCACCACACGCCCGUGGCCGUGAAGCUGCUCAAGAGCCAGGACUCCAUUCAGGCCAUGGCGGAGUUCCAACAAGAGGUGGAGAUUCUGAGUCAGAUACAGCAUCCGCACGUGCUGAUGCUGCUGGGGUGCUGUCCCGAUCGCUACGUGCUCGUCUACGAGUACCUCGCCAACGGCUCUCUGGAGGACCGCCUCCUGCGCCUCCACUCCACGCCCCCCCUCCCCUGGUUCGUCCGCAUACGCAUUGCCGCCGAAAUCGCCUCCUCCCUCCUCAUCCUGCACACCCGCCCCGUGCCCAUCGUGCACCGCGACUUAAAGCCCGGGAACAUUCUGCUGGAUAAGAAUUUCGUCGCGAAGUUAGGGGAUGUGGGGUUGGCUAAGCUUAUGCCGGGGCUGUCUAUGGAGAAGACGUGCGACCGCGAGUCGACCCCGGUGGGGACGUUCGCAUACGUGGACCCGGAGUUCCAGAGAACGGGGGAAUUCGGCCCGAAAUCCGACGUGUACGCGUUCGGCAUCGUCCUACUCGACCUCCUCACAGGCCGCACACCCGCUCUGUACGAAGCCUUGGAAAUCGCAGUGGAGAGUAACCGCAACGACGAGCUGAUGCGGUUCCUGGAUGCGGGAGCCGGCACGUGGCCGCAGGGCAUGGCAAUGGAGAUAGCCAAGCUGGCGAUUCAGUGCAGCGAGAUGAAGAGGCGCAAGCGGCCGGACCUUGAGACGGAGGUGAUGCCGAUUCUGGACAGGAUGCGGAGCGUGGCGAUCAAGGCGGAGGAGGAUGCGAAGAAGGCGUCGCUGGUCCGGCCCGUGGCUGCUGCUCCUCCCUGCCUCUUCUGCCCCAUCACUCAG